AUGGAGCUCGUGAACCAUCGGGGGGUAACAACAGUUGUGGACAAGAAGGACCUCGUGUCGAUCGCGGACAACAAAUGGCUCACGGACGGAGUUGUCGAUUUUCACAACGUGCUGCUAAGCAUCCGGUGGCCGAGGCUGAAGAACGGCAAAACAUGGGCUGCGAUCGACUGCAAUGCUUGGGCGAAUACCACGGGGUUCAAUGCUCCAGUCAGUGCCGGUGGCGGGCUCCCUCUUCUCGAGCACGACUAUCUCGCUGUUCCCGUCUACCUCGACCAACAUUAUGCCCUGGUGAUUGUUACAUCGCCUAUCCGGAUGGUGGACACGAGGGCCAAGGGGGAUGACGCGCCUUUUGAGAUGGUGUUGCUGGACAGCUCCCGAAACCCCAAGAACGUGGACAAUAUUUUCUCCGGCACAAAGGUGGUGCUCUCUACACUCGCGCAUGCCACGCAUCCACAUGCGGACAAGGCGCACAUGGCAAAGAUGCUUGAAGAUGUCGAGUGCCAUGUGCUCACAGUGAGUGUAUCAAUACCAUACACCAAGUUGACGGCCACGCUGGUGGACACCAACUUCGACACUCUGAAGAGUGGCUUCUGGUUCAGAGGAGUAAGCGCGUUUGCGUACCGUCGCAGCAUGCGCUCUGAUUUACGCGGGCACGCCAUGGGUGAGUUGCUGCGGAAGCUGGAGGAGGAAGGCUUGGAGAUCCCUUCACAGCAAUCUGGGACGACUACGAACACGAAGCGCGAAGUCGGUGUGAUGAAUGCCGGCUUCACAGCCAUAAGCAGUGUGCUAGGGCUCACAAGGGACCAGUUGAUAGCUGCCGGUGCUACGCUCUCGCAGCUGGGUGUUGUGGGCGAGCAGAGCGCAAAGGAGCACGAUAAUUGCAGGCAUGCACCAGCGACGCCAGGUCGGCCCUCUGGGUCCGCAAAGCCCAAACAUGACAGCCCUGACGAUGAUCUCAAGGGGUCCAGCACCAGAGUCUCGCUUGACAGCAAGUUCGCGGCAACAGUUGGCGCAUUCAACACGUUCCCGGCCCAGUUGCCCAUUCCCGGCACCAUUCCGCACUGGGUGUUGUCCCGACUGCAUGGAGGAGGAGUUUCCACCCUGCAUCCCUCCUUACAGAUGUAUGGACUGUUGCAAGAAGGUGCGGCAGGACCCCGAGCCUUCGAUGCUCCACUGAAAGAAGAGCCAGUGCCGGGAUGCGAGGAUGGUGAUGAAGAAGAAGAGGGGGAUAGUGACUCCGAAUCCAAGCCGACAAAGUACACAGGGGUUUAUGUGGAGGCGGGCACAGGCAAGUUUGGUGUGAAGAUUUUAAUGAAGGACGAGCACGGGAAGAAGAGACAGAAGAGGGUGGGUGCCUACACCACAAUAGAGGAGGUUGCGAUUGCGUACGCUGCGGCCGCAUAUGUGCUGAGGCCCAAAGACAGCAUUCGGGGUCACACAGUGGCAUUGUCAGCGGCUGACAAGGCGGCAUUGAAGGGGUGUACUGGUGAAAUACUAAAGGUGUUGGUGGACGGCCGCAUGUGGUGGCGCUGGAGGGUGUGGAGAGAGGCUUACGAGGUUCUCAAGCGGAAGGCAACAAAGGCAAAGAAGACUGCAACACCUGCAAAGCGGGGGCGGAAGCGUAAGCAGACGGGCGAGCAUGGUGGGGCCACGGUCACAGAUGGUCAAUGUGAGAAGGCUGGUAGUGAGGACACGCUGCUUGUCGGGAACGAGUCUAACGAAGGGAAGAAGACCAAGAAAUCACCUGACUUUGACGUCGCGAUCAUGUCAUCGUGUUUUCCUUACCUCCCCUUCUUCCCCGUGUCCACGUCUGUAGAUAACACGGGUGGCGAGACAUCCGAAGCGUCCCCGGGCAGGGCACUCUCUCAAGGUCUGCAAACCGACUCUCAGGAUGCUCGGCCGAAGGACGACGAUGCGGGUCGUAACUCGAGGUGGAUGUGCGUCGACGACGUCGGGGCUGGCGCGGCAGAGCCCUCAACCAGAGUGAACGACGCUAACGACGAAGAGGAUGAUGAGGACGUGGGUGCAGCAAUGCGCAACAUGUUCGACAACAACAUGUACCGCGAGGACGAACCGUUGGACACGAAUGGCGAGGAGGUGCGCGUUUCUGCCAGCGUAUUCAGGAGCCUCCUGAAGUCGCAGGAUGAGAGUGCGCAGAAGGUGGCGCGCUUAGAAACUCUCCUCCUUAAUGCUCUGGCCAAAGCCAACGGUGGCUCCCAUCGUCGCAAAGCGGAAAAGCAGAGGGAUCCCUCUCAGGAAUGCAUGAACCCGAAACGCGCGUGUCGCGUGGAGGCCGUGGCCGACGAUGACGACGAUGACAAUGUGGACGAUGACGAUGACUACGAGGAUGUGGCAAACACCCGUACGCGUCGUAGGCAUUUGCGGUCAGCGAGGUCGCCCGUUUUGCAGCGUGCCCUGGACCUGCUGCCCGCGGACAAGGCUUGGAAGCGACUAUGCGAACAUGUCCGUGUGCAGCUGUUCAUGAAGAAGCCCAACGCCAGCAUGACUUUCUACCCAAGCUCCGACGACAAGACAUACGGCGUGUGCAGUGUGCUUGACUGCCUGCCGCACAGCUUUGCCUGCCUUGCGCUGGCGGCAGACAAGACUUGUCGCGCGGAUCUGAACAAGACACUGAGCGAGUGGAAGACUCGGGCUGCUUCUCGAGUUAGGGACAUUGCGCUACCCAAGCUUGGAUUCUUUCGCGAUGAGCGUGACGAGCUAAAACCGCUUGUGCUGUCGAACUGGUCGAACGAUCGCGAUGGAAUGCCAUUCGCAUCUGGCGCGUUUGCUGCGUGCGCCAAGGCUGCCUUCAAUCCCAAGAAGGCCGCAAUGCCACUGUCGCUGAAGGUGUACCACCUUGCCUGGCUGGAGCACGUGGUGACCGACAGCAUAAUGUUCUGGGAGCGCCGGAUGGGUCGACUCUCCAACUCUGCGGGUGGCAACGGCCACGUGGUGAACGGUCUGAAGGUGCUGGUGAAGGCGUCGGUUUCGUCCGCGAUCCGUCACUACAACCCAGACUACGACACCGAGAAGGAGGAGUGGAUAUGGGGGCGCCAUGGCCUCCGCAUUUCGGCGUGUGGCCUCGAAGACAUGAAGCCAAACGCUGGCGCUGUCGCGGAGGAGGGCGCAGGCGAUGAUGCGCAGUCGGUGUCUGUCGAUGCCGAGUGA